AUAACAAACCAUUCAGAGUUUCAGAGAUACUACUCGAUCGAUCACUACUUAGCUGAAAGAUAUGGGGAAUAAGGAAGGGUAUUCACCACUGUUGGAGACCAAGAGAGGAAAGGGAAGAGUGCUAUAUAGGCUGUUUGCUGCUUCUUUGUUUGCAGCUAUAUGCUUGGUUUGGGUUUAUAGAGCGAGUCACAUACCAAAGCCAGGAGAGGAUGGAAGGUUUGGCUGGAUAGGGCUGUUGGGUGCUGAGUUAUGGUUCGGGUUUUAUUGGAUCCUCACCCAGUCCUGCCGGUGGAAUCUUACCUAUAGGCAAACUUUCAAGGAUAGAUUAUCUCAAAGAUUUGAGAAUGAGUUGCCGGGAGUGGACAUAUUUGUGACCACAGCAGAUCCAAUCAUAGAGCCACCAAUGAUGGUCAUGAACACCGUUCUGUCAGUCAUGGCUUAUGACUACCCUACGGAGAAGCUCAGCGUGUACUUAUCCGAUGACGGCGGUUCCGAGCUUACGUACUACGCUCUCUUGGAGGCUGCUGAGUUUGCUAAGCAGUGGAUACCGUAUUGCAAGAAGUACAGUGUGGAGCCGAGGUCACCAUCUGCAUAUUUUGUCUCGAUAGAUUCUGACGCAGUUGAUCGUGAUGAUAACAAGGCUAAUGACUUGGCUGUAAUUAAGAAAUCAUACAAGGACAUGGAGACUAAAGUCGAAAAUGCAGUCAAGUUAGGCUACAUUUCGGACGAAGUACGAUCACAACAGAAAGGGUUUUCUCAAUGGGACUCGCAUUCGUCUAAACGUGAUCACGAUACCUAUCUUCAAGUUGUAAUUGAUGGAAGAGACCCAAAUGCAAUCGAUGUCGAAGGAAUUGCAUUGCCAACUUUGGUGUAUUUAGCUCGCGAGAAGAGACCACAGUAUCACCAUAACUACAAAGCUGGCUCUAUGAAUGCAUUGAUUAGGGUUUCUUCAAAUAUUAGCAACGGGAAGGUCAUUCUAAAUGUAGACUGUGACAUGUAUUCGAACAAUUCCAUGGCCAUAAGAGAUGCACUUUGCUGCUUAAUGGAUGAAGAAAAAGGCCAUGAGGUUGCAUUCGUACAGUUCCCACAAAAAUUUGAAAAUCUUACCAAGAAUGAACUAUAUAUUGCAUUCAUGCGGACAAUCAGCGAGGUGGAAAUGCAUGCUUUGGAUGGUUUUACUGGCCCAUUUUACGUUGGAAGUGGAUGCUUCCACAGAAGGGAUACUCUUUGUGGAAGGAAGUUCACCAAGGGAAGUAAGAGUGACUUGAAAUGGGAGAUCAGUAGAAAAAGAGAAGAAGCUACCAUUCAUGAAUUGGAAGAAGAUUCGAAAGCUCUUGCAAACUGUUCAUAUGAGCAAAACACCGAGUGGGGAAAAGAGGUGGGUGUGAAAUACGGGUGUGCUAUUGAAGACGUGUUCACGGGGUUAUCGAUCCAAUGCCGUGGUUGGAAAUCGGUGUACUUGAACCCAACAAGGAAAGCUUUCCUAGGAGUAGCUCCAACCACAUUGCUUCAGAUGCUAGUGCAGCAAAAGAGAUGGUCGGAAGGUGGCCUCCAGAUUUUGCUUUCAAAGAACAAUCCGGUAUUGUCUGAUCAGAUCAGCUUUGGCCAAAAACUUGGAUACGCUUAUGUCGGAUCUUGGUCUAUCAAUUUCCUUCCAACCCUAUAUUACACAGUGAUCCCUUCACUCUACCUCCUCAAGGGCAUUUCCUUAUUCCCUCGGGUUUCAAGUCCAUGGAUCAUACCUUUUGCUUACGUGAUUAUUGCCAAGUACACUGUGAGCUUGCUGGAGUUUCUAUGGGCAGGUGGCUCAGCCUUAGGUUGGUGGAACGACCAAAGAAUGUGGCUAUACAAAAGAUCAAGCUCCUACAUAUUUUCCUUCAUCGACACCAUGCUGUACCUUCUGGGAUAUUCUGAUUCAGCAUUUGUAAUAACAGCCAAGACCUCGGAUGAAGAUGAGUCGCAACGAUACGAGAAAGAGAUAAUGGAAUUCGGAGCAUCUUCUCCAUUGUUUACAGUAUUGGCAACACUUGCAGUACUAAAUUUGUAUUGCUUCGCUGGUUUUGUGAAGGAAGCAAUCAGUCUGGGAUCACAGGGCAUUGCAGAAGUUUAUGACACAAUGGCAUUGCAAAUUCUUCUAUGUGGGAUUUUGAUUCUCAUCAACCUGCCUUUGUAUCAAGCCCUGUAUAUAAGAAAGGACAAGGGGAAGUUGCCGAGUUCCAUAGCGUUGAAGUCGAUGGCAGUUGGUAUGCAAAUUGGGUUUUCAAGCUGCGCUGCUGUUAUAUUGUUGGCAUUCUUGUUGAGCCUGCAAGGAGCUUUCAGCAUCAGAUUUGUGAUUGACAGAGACGAAUGCUUCUCUCAUAAUGUUUUGUAUGAAGGAGAUACUGUCCAUCUCUCUUUUGUUGUAAUUAAGGUUGAUGCAUCUUGGCAUUAUACUCAAGACGGUGUUGAUCUCAUGGUGAAGGGACCUUCUGGUGAGCAGAUACAUGAGUUUCGUGAUAAGACAAGCGAGAAAUAUGAGUUUGUCACUCGUCACAAAGGAAUCCAUCAGUUCUGCUUCACCAACAAGUCACCUUAUCAUGAAACAAUAGACUUUGACAUACAUGUCAGCCAUUUUACAUACUAUGAUCAGCAUGCAAAAGAUGAGCAUUUUAACCCUUUGUUAGAGCAGAUAUCAAAGUUGGAGGAAGCUCUUUACAACAUUCAGUUUGAGCAGCAUUGGCUUGAGGCUCAGACUGAACGUCAGGCAAUAGUGAACGAAGCAAUGAGCCGGAGGGCGAUUCACAAGGCCUUUUUUGAAUCAGCAGGACUUGUUGGUGCUAGUGUUCUCCAAGUUUACCUUCUUCGCCGCCUCUUUGAACGGAAGCUUGGGAUGUCCAGAGUGUGACCUUUUUAUAGUCACCCCGGGGAUUUUGCACUUGACUGUCUUUUUUCUUUUUUGACAAGAUUGCACUUCGACUAUUUAGCAGUUAAUUUUACACAUUGUUUUUCCAUGCUUCUGCCCUGUUCUCUUUUCUAUUUUGUCCAGCAAGAAUAAAUCAUGUAUAGAAACCAUCAGUUUGGAAAUUCUAAUCUAAUCUCUUGUUUAUUGUG